CCCGUCUCGCAAGGCCUUCCAUAUAAGUUAUCCUCACCAUUCGCCAACGCUCUCCUGUUUCAAAGGCAAAUUGGCAACCGCCUUCCAACCACCUCCUUACGUCUCGAGCGGUGUACACCUCACCUUGAACAGUAUGUCUGAGGCUCAACAAGGUGAACAGGAUUCUGCCAGUGCUAGACCGUCCGCUAGCCCACCAGGGCCAGUCGGCGACUUCCCCUGCCCCAAUUGCAGUAAAGUCUUCAGAAGGGAGGAUCUUUUGCGUCGCCAUCUUGCAAGGGAAGCACGCGCUCAGACCCAACCCUCACUCGAUCGUCAGAAGAGCUGUUUCGAAUGCGCGAGGAGCAAGGCACGAUGCGAUCUCGAAGUGCCCGCGUGUGGUCGAUGUCGCAAGAAGGGGAAACCAUGUACAUAUGCUCCGCGUUCAGGAAAUCCAAACGUGCGGAAAGCGCGACAAUCUGGCAUGAGCACAACAUGGCAAGAUCCUGCGCUUUCGUACAUCGGUCGAAGCGAUAUUCAGAGCUUUGCGGCUGUCUCCUCCACCUCACACAUACAGCAAAGUGGCAUCCGCACAGCAGAUGGCUCGUACGACAGCGAUGACAGUCGGCUCUCUACGCGCAGCUCGCAGUCGCGUUAUGACAUGGGUAGGACCUUGUCCCAAUCUUCCGGUUCUACCAACGGUGCCACCAACGAUCCAUCGAACCAAAUGCACCCCUACAACACCAUGCAUAGCACCAUGCCUUCCCCAGCAUUCCACCCAGCAAUGCCACCCCCACAACGCACCGAAUCACCCACUCCCUUCCAACACGCCCCCGCACCUCCGCAACCGCAAGCACCUUUUGGAAAGCGCGGCGCUUCUAUCAUCACCUCACUUGACCGCGGUGGGCGAGCCUAUGAAAUGGAAGAUGGCGAGGAGACACCUAUCAGUCGCAUGGUGUCUUCCUUCACUCAAAGAGACGGAAUGGACUUUGCCAUGCAGGUCGACGAGUCGGUUCCGCGUGGCGACACUGUUGUGCCAGUCGAGCCUUCGGCGGCGAGCAUUGCCAAGCUCACAUUGGAUUCGCGGCAGACUGAUCCGCCGCCGCCGACCCCCCGCGGUGGCUCAGCCAGUCAUCGCAGCUUACCUCCUCUCCUGACUGGCGUGCGCAUGCCCGGUGUUGGCUCUGCGAUGCUGAGAACAGCUCUGCAAGUCCCCAACGCCCUGGAUCUGUCUGGCUGGCUGGACGAGCCAGUCGUCCCCUCUCCCCUGUAUCGUCUUGGCCCAUACAGCGCUCUGAAGACCGCAGGUCCAUUCAGCUUUGCAUUGCCCGGAAUGGACAUGCCGCAGACUGGUACAGCCGAGCCACUGCCUGGCGCUGAGGCCAGCGCAUCAGAUCAAGAUCUUCCUGCCGAGACGGCGCCCCCGAAGCUCUCAAAUCAAGGCGCAGCUCGACACAUAUGGGAGCACGGCAUCCGUGGCAGCGAAGAUCUGCCAGAAACACUCGCGAGGGCAGCGGCGGCGCACCUGAUCACUUAUCCUACGCUCAUGGUCUUACCAGAGGCGACAUCGCCGGUGCCUCCUUUCAUCUUUCGGUCCUGGCUUGCCUCCGUGCGCAGCGACUUGCCUGCAUCACUGGCAGUCGCCCGUGUCGUACUCGCUGGCUACAUCGUGAGGCUUCCUUCAAGUCAGGACAUCGUCUGGGAGUCGAUCGCCCGGGAGAUGCGCAUCCUCACCCGCAACGUUGAAUCGGCGAUUGCAGCAGAUGACCUGAGCAUUUUCGCGACCACCGCAGCGUUGUGGCUCUACCUCGUCCUGGCUAUUUUGACUGAGGAACCCGCGGUCUCCGUCUUUGUGGACGACAGCCUGGUCAAUGCUGGCUUGCAAUCGCUCUCACAACUCGCGUCUUCGCUCAGCAUGCGGAUUAAAGUAUCAGAAGCGGAAGUUAACACGAAUGAUGCAGCUGGGAGCAUGGGUUUCUCCAGAUGGGGAUUGGUCGAGACGAUGCGCAGGACCUUGUUCGCAGCAUACACGAUCCUCGUUCUGCAGCGUUUCCGUGAGGGAGCACUCGAAAUACAGCAACGUCUUGCCGGCUGCAACCUGGUGCUGGACGUAGCGCUGCCAGCCAGCGCUCGGGUGUUCGAAGCCGCAAACGAGGCAGAGUGGCGGGCAAGGCAGGAAGAAGAGCGCAGCCAGCUCGGUAACGGCACGAAGACCCGCUUGACGCUGCGGGACCUGACGAUCGCGCGAAGAGGUGCAGGUCAAGUUCCAGCCAACCUUGCCAGCUUUUUCGAUCGCCAUGACGAGUUUACCAACGUCUGUCUGUCUGUGGCACUUGGCCUGGAUUCUGACGCAAUGUAGUUGAUCGAUUGCAUUUUUUCAAUCUGUUGCUUCGAAUGGUCAUCCUUUCUGCUGGUUACAC